UAUUCUGUCCGCCUGCAAAUGGAAUUAGUUGAUGAGAUACAGAUGUGACUGUGAAUAAUAUUGUCUAUUCAGAAGACGUAUGAGUGGACAUGAGACCCCCAGAGAUGCAUACUGAAGAUCAGGGGUGUGUGUGUGUGUGUGUGUGUGUGUGGAGGAGUGCAGACCAGAUGGUCACAGGCUUCUUCAUUCUCGAAUGAGACUGUGUUCUGUUUGCUCAUAUUGGUUUCUCCUCAUGGCCUGGCUGAUCUACACCUCUCUGGAGCUGCUCAUCGCCGUGGCAUGCUGCCUGGGGAACGUGCUGGUGGUUUGGGCAGUGUGUUUGAGGCGGACCUUCCGUCAGCCUACCUUCUGUUUCGUGGUGUCUCUGGCUGUGGCUGAUUUCCUGGUGGGGGCGGUGGCAGUGCCCCUGGCUGUGCUGGUGGAUGGGUGGGUGGAGAUCCCGUUCCAGGCCUGUCUGGCGGUCAGCUGUGUGGUGCUGGUGUUGACCCAAGCGUCUGUGCUGUCUCUCCUGGCUAUUGCUGUGGACCGAUACCUACGGGUCUCAAUACCUCUCAGGUAUAAGGAGAUCGCCUCUGAGCAGCGCUCCUGGACGGCAGUGGUCCUGUGUUGGUUGAUAUCUUGUCUGCUGGGUUUCACCCCUCUCUUUGGUUGGCAUAAUGGCGAUUCCCAGUCCUCCCUGCUCCUUAACUCUUCUCAUAUCAACUGCACCUUCUUAGCAGUCAUCUCUCUGCCCUAUAUGGUCUACUUCAACUACCUGGGCUGCAUCCUACUCCCUUUAGCAGCCAUGACUCUUCUUUAUGCUCUGGUCUUCUACAGUCUGCGCAAACGCCUCCGGAGGGAAGACCAGACUAAACUACGGGCUUUUCUAAUCAAGGAGAAGAGGCUGGCACGUUCUCUGGCUCUGGUUCUCCUGCUGUUUGCAGCAUGUUGGAUGCCUCUGCAUCUCAUGAACUGUGUAUUGCUCUCAACGGGUCCUCAAGGCGUCCCCCAGACCGCUUUCUAUGUAGGGAUACUCCUCUCUCACGCCAACUCAGCGGUGAACCCUGUGGUCUACGCCCUCCGCAUCACAAAGAUCAGGCAUGCUUACCUGGAGAUCUGGAGACGCUAUGUACUGUGCUGGAGAGGAAAACGAGACUUCUCAAGCUCCUCAUGGAGAUCCCAGCCUGGAGAACCGAAUACUGGUCAUCAAAUGACAUUUCCCUCCAACACUGGCACAUAACUUGGGCAGAUAGACUACAAUCAUGAUUGCACUGUAUGAUACUAUUCUGAGUAGAUCUUUGAGUGAGAGUUUAUUGGAGAUUUGCUACAAUAUCACCGAAAAGCAUCAGUCUUCAGAAGCUGUGAAGCUGCAUGACCACUAGAGGGCGCCACAAGCAUUUACUAUAACU